AUGCCUACCGCCGUCCCACCCCAGGCCGCCCCUGCGGCGAAGAACGCCGCAAGCCAGUCCAGUAACCAGAAGCGAAAGAUCAUCUGCUUCUCCGACUUUGACGGCACAAUCUUCAUGCAAGAUACCGGCCACGUCCUUUUCGACUCGUACGGCUGCGGCGCCAAGCGGAGAGAAAUCCUCGACGAGCAGAUCAAGACCGGCGAGCGCUCGUUCCGCGACGUCUCGGAAGAGAUGUGGGGCUCGCUGAACGUGCCGUUCGAGGACGGCUUCGACGUGAUGGAGCAGACGCUCGAGAUCGACCCCGACUUCCAGAGCUUCCACAAGUACUGCAUCGCCAACAAGAUCCCCUUCAACGUCAUCAGCGCCGGCUUGAAGCCCAUCCUCAGACGGGUCCUCGACAAGUUUCUAGGCGAGGAGGAGUCGGCACACAUCGACAUUGUCGCCAACGAGGCCGAGAUCACGCCGGACGGCUCGAAGUGGAAGCCCAUCUGGCGCCACGACACGGAGCUCGGCCACGACAAGGCGCUCUCCAUCGCCGAGGCGCGCAAGGAGGCUGAGACGCUGUGCGCCGACGACGGCACGGUGCCACUGAUCGUGUUCAUCGGCGACGGCGUGUCGGACCUGCCGGCGGCGCGCAACGCCGACGUACUGUUCGCGCGGCGCGGGCUGCGGCUCGAGGAGUACUGCGUCGAGAACAAGAUCGCGUACAUCCCCUUCGACACUUUCGCCGACAUCCAGCGCGAAAUCGAGAAGAUCCGCGAGGAGGACGACGAGAUCACAGGAGGCAAGGGCGUGCCCGCACGCUUCAACCCUCGCGCCAACCUCUGGCGUCGCGUCUCAAGCAAAAAUGCGGUGCCGACCUACGUCGUCAACACGCCGUCGCGCGAGGACAAGAUGUUCCUGUGGCCCGAGGCCUUCUCCGAGCUCAAGACGCCUGGUGUUGAGCUCACCGAGAUGCAGGUCCAGCCUGUCCAGUCUUGA